UCUGCUGCAGCUGACUUGCUCGUGGACUCCCGAGGAGAGUCGCAGAACCCGUGGUCCUGCUCGGAGCCCCCAGCGGCAGUCGCAAGGCAGCGGCCUCCCGCGGCGCUCAGCUCUGAUUAAAAGAGGCACCGGCCGCAGUUAGUUCAGCAUGUCGUACCCAGGAUAUCCCCCUUCAGGCUACCCUGGUUUCCCUGGAUAUCCUCCCACAGGACAAGAAUCUGCUUAUCCACCUGCUGGUCAGUAUCCAUAUCCAGCUGUUCCUGGAGCCUUCCCACCCAUGGGAGGCGGUGCAUACCCUGGAGCACCACCAAGCAGUGGAUUCCCAGGGGUAGCAGGAUACCCAGCGCCAGGUGGAUACCCUGCCCCUGGAGGCUAUCCUGGAGCUCCACAACCUGGAGGGAUGCCAUCGUAUCCUGGAGUUCCUACAGGUCCUGGAUUUGGUGUCCCUGCUGCUGGGUCUGGUUUUGGUGGCUAUCCUCAACCACCAGCCCAAAGUUACGGAGGUGGUGGACCAGCACAGAUACCAGGAGGAUACCCCAGUGGACAAGUGCCUUCUCCAAUGCCUAGUCAGCCGGCAGCAAUGACCCAGAGUUACCAAGGCACAAUUCAAGCUGCUCUGAACUUUGAUGCUGGGAAAGAUGCAGAAAUACUGCGCAAGGCCAUGAAGGGAUUUGGAACGGAUGAGAAAGCUAUCAUUGAUGUCGUGGCUCACCGCUCCAGUGAUCAAAGGCAGAAAAUCAAGGCAGCUUUCAAAACCAUGUAUGGCAAGGAUUUAAUUAAAGACCUGAAAUCUGAACUAAGUGGAAACGUGGAAGAAUUGAUUUUAGCUUUGUUCAUGCCGAGUACAUAUUAUGAUGCCUGGAGUUUAUAUCAUGCAAUGAAGGGAGCAGGCACUCAGGAGAGAGUGCUGAUUGAGAUCCUCUGUACAAGAACAAACCAGGAAAUUCGAGACAUAGUCAGGUGCUACAAAACAGAAUUUGGAAGAGACAUCGAGAAGGAUAUCAGAGCAGACACCUCAGGACACUUUGAACGACUGCUUAUCUCUAUGUGCCAGGGUAACAGGGAUGAGAAUCAAAAUGUGGACUACCAAAAAGCUCAAGAGGAUGCUCAACGUCUUUACCAAGCUGGUGAAGGGAAACUUGGGACUGAUGAGUCUUGCUUCAACAUGGUUCUAGCAACUAGAAGCUUUCCCCAAAUGAAAGCUACAGCUGAAGUAUAUGCUAAGAUUGCUAAUCGUGAUUUGUUAAGCAGCAUUGACCGGGAGUUUUCUGGAAAUGUAGAAUGUGGUCUGAAGGCUAUCUUGCAGUGUGCUCUAAAUCGGCCAGCCUUUUUUGCUGAGAGACUUUACCAUUCUAUGAAAGGAGCAGGCACAGACGAUUCUACACUCAUCAGAAUUAUAGUCACUCGCAGCGAGAUUGAUCUUGUGCAGAUCAAACAGAUGUUUACACAGCUGUACCAGAAGACUUUGGGAACAAUGAUAGCAAGUGACACAAGCGGUGACUACAGGCGUUUGCUGCUGGCAAUUGUUGGGCAAUAGAAAUUAUUUUUUGUAAACAAACUUAAUGACCUAUAUAGCAAAGCAGAGAAACACACUUGCCCUUGCAUGUAUCUAUGGGAAUGAUUUCAUGCUAUAUACCAAAUAUGCCUUAAUGAUAAAUGAUUUUAAAGCUUUUAUUUUGCACAUACACUUGCCUUAAGUUGGAAACAUACUAUUGUACUUUACAUUAUAUAAAAAUGUGUGUGUGUG